UUCAACAAUCAGUUAUAUUCUUGACACACGUAAUUAUAGUCGUCAGUCACACUUUUGUCAAUCCUCUCGCAUAUUUAGAAUGCAUAGUAAGUACAUAAUUCUUGUGCUGGUAGCUUUAAUGCCAUUAGCGAUUUCACUAGCAGUUCCACUCAGAAAUUUCCGUGGGCCAGUACAGGCCUCAAGGUGUGAAACUGGGGAUGAAUCAGGCGCCCCAAUUCCAGUGAAUAUCAUCGUCCCUGCAUGUGACGCUCCUCCUUGCAUGCUCAGAAAGGGAGAAACUUACCGUGUAGAAAUUGAUUUUGACGUCCCAAGAAAUACAAAUAACUUGACGGUGGAGGUGACCGGAAUCAUUGAAGGGUUAGAACUUCCUUGGAAUGGGGUUAAGGAGAAUGGAUGUGAUGACAUUUUAGUGGGAAGGUGCCCUAUGACCGAAGGAGAUUAUUGGACUUAUGGCGUUGAUAUUUUAGUUCAAGCAAUUUAUCCUGCAACCCCUCUAAUCAUAAAGUGGCAAAUGAGAGACGACUCUGAACAAGCUAUUUGGUGCUUUCAUCUGCCUGCUGAAAUUGUAAAUUAAUCUUAAUCUGGAUGUUUCUGUUUUUGUUAAAAAUAAAUCGUAUCAAUAAUUGCGUAGGUUCAA